AUGUCAUCGCUGUUUCGUUAUAGUCGUUGGGCUUCCCAGUUCAAAAAAUCUCCACCAAUCUUCACCCUCUUUUCCACCGCCACCAACGAGUCACAACCGAAUCGCCCUUCGCCGCCUCCAAUCCGAGUGGGUCUCAUCGACUCCGUAGGCCGAGCAGUUUUUGCGACUCGGAGAAUCGGCACGGGUGAACUCAUUCACACCGCCAAACCCAUUGUUGCUCACUCCUCUCUCUCUUCGCUUCACAAAGUCUGCUAUUUCUGCCUCAGAAAGCUCCCAAACUAUAAAACACACUCCGAAGCUCAUAAAAAUUUGGCAUUUUGCAGCGAACACUGCAAAGACCAGUCCAAGAACUUUUAUGAGAUUGAGAACAAAGCAGAUUGGUCAAGAUUCACUGAAUACUGUCGAUUGCAGGGUCUAAAAUAUCCUCUUCUAGUCAAGCGGUUUGCUUGUCAGGUUAUAUCUGGGGUUGUCUCUGCUGAUAGUCUUGACAUACUUCAGCCAGCAACUUUAACUUCUGAAAUGGUUUCACUGAUGGAAAAGGAAUUUUGCCUGCUAAGAAGCACGUUUCAGGAAACAGAUAUUAAAGGGGAGCAUAUGGCUUUUCUGACUAAGGAAUGGUAUACUGGUGUUUUGGCUCGGAUGCGCAUCAAUUCCUUCCGCAUUGAAUUGGCUGGAGGAUCGUAUGAAGAUUUUCUUUCCUCAGCAGCUGCAUCAGUAGAAGCAGAAGUUGCUAUCGGCAAUGCUGUUUAUAUGCUUCCAUCCUUCUACAAUCAUGAUUGUGAUCCAAAUGCACAUAUUUUGUGGGUGGAAAAUGCGGAUGCAAGAAUAAAGGCUUUACGUGACAUUGAAACAGGGGAAGAGUUGCGGAUAUGCUAUAUUGAUGCAAGUAUGAAUCACGAGGCUCGACAAACAGUGUUGUAUAAAGGAUUUGGUUUUUUGUGCAAUUGUCCUAGAUGUUUGUCAAAUGAUUAA